AUGGCAGGCUCUGGUGCUUCUGCUCCCAGCGCUCUCGGCGCCAGUGUGGAGGAAGGAAUACAGUUUAAUUCUACUGAUUCUAGCCAACUAUCGGGACAACUUACUUUAUUAGUUCAGCUACUUACUCCGUUGGGUCAUGGUGUUCAAGCUCUUCUUGUUGAACAACGGGAAAUUUUAAAGCUGCUUUCCACGAAGUCUGUGGUUUCUGCUUCACGGGAUGGUCCGAAUGGACAGGGACGCUCUUUGAAUACACCAGAUGGUAUGGAACCCAGUAAUUUUUUAAACACUCCAGCAUUGCUUCAGGACUCUGGCGAGGCAGCUUUCAAUGUUUCUAGCCCUAAAGACCAGGGGCUUGUUAUACCUCCUGCUUCUUCUUUUAAUGAAUGGGUGAAUCGUAAACCCGUUUUUCAGUUUGUUGAGCACAACGACAGCAAUGUAGAGGGGACUACUUCCUUUUCUGACAGCAUGCAGAAACUUGAACAUGCCUUAUACAGGUACAAAAUUCUCGAACUUGAUAAUCUGUAUUUAAAAGAAUGUCUUCACAAACAUAUUGUCCCUAAAGGUUUAAGGGUUUAUAAAUACCCUAACCAUGUUGUUUCUGGGAGUGAAUUUCAUAAUGACUUGAUUCAAGUGUUUGAUGAAUGCGGGUUUGGCAUUGUAAAAGCCAUUAUUAAAAGAAAUGACAUUGAAAUUAACAGUUUACAAAAGGACAUUACUAAGUUAAAUGUAAAUGUAACCUCUGACUUAAUGUUUUCCAUUGAUGUUGAGAAGCAAAAAUACCAUGAUUUAAGAAAACAAAUAGACAAACAAUGUGACAUUGUAAUGAAAUGUAAAUACAGGAAGUUGAACAGAGACAUUAAGGAAUACCAGGAAGAUAGGCAAUAUCCUAAUCCACCUCAGUUUUCAUCUGCUCAGGAGAUUUCAGCCAACAGGGAGGUGUAUGCUGAACAGUUAGGAAGACUCAGAGAAGCAAGGAGCAUGUAUAAUACCAAAAAAACUGUAACAAAAGAUGUGAUGCGUCAGUAUCUACAGAUUCGGCCUGAUCAGACAGUAGUAAUAUUACAUGCAAAAGUUGCACAGAAGUCAUAUGGAAAUGAAAAAAGAUUUUUCUGUCCUCCGCCAUGUGUGUAUCUUAGUGGUCCAGGCUGGAAACUGAAACAAGAACAACUGAAAGCAAAUGGUUUGGGAGACUCCAGUUGGAAACUCUUUGGUUAUAUGGGUCUGGACAGUAUGGGGAACAGACAAGCUGGUGCUCUGAAACUGAACUUUGAGGACCAAUCAGAUUCAAGAAAAUUUGGCUGUGCAAAAGCUUUAUACAUUUCAGAUGCAGACAAGCGGAAGCAUUUCAGACUGGUUUUAAAUCUCUUCUUUAGUAAUGGGCAAGAAGUUGGCACCUUUUACAGCAAGAUGAUUAAAGUGAUCUCCAAGCCUUCACAGAAAAAGCAAUCCAUGAAGAAUGCAGAUUUGUGCAUUUCAUCUGGAUCUAAAGUGUCCUUAUUUAACCGGUUGCGAUCACAGACUGUCAGUACACGAUACCUGUCUGUGGAGGGAGGUGCAUUUAUUGCCAGUGCAAGACAAUGGGCUGCCUUCACACUACACCUGGUUGAUGACCAUUACUCGAGGGACGAGUUUCACCUUCGUGAAGGUUACAUUUGUUAUGGUUCAGCUGUUAAACUUGUUUGUACUCUCACUGGAGUCACAUUACCUACCAUGAUACUACGUAAGGUCAACAAACAAUAUGCAAUACUGGAUGUAGAUGAACCAGUCUCUCAGCUUCAUAAAUGUGCUUUCCAGUUCAAAGACAGUAGAAUGUACUUGUGCUUGUCCAAUGAGAAGGUGAUCCAGUAUCAGGCAUCUCCCUGUCCUAAGGAAUCAAACAAGGAUCUCCUGAAUGAUGGUUCUUGCUGGACUAUAAUUGGAACUGAGGCAGUAGAGUACACGUUCAGUGAAAGCCUAGUGGAGAUGCAGAGUCCUGUUACACCUGUGCCUGUUAUCUACAACCUUGAGCUUAAUGGAGGAGGAGAUGUUGCCAUGCUAGAGUUGCAAGGGGAGAACUUUAACCAGAAUCUGAAAGUUUGGUUUGGAGAUGUGGAAGCAGAGACAAUGUACAGGAGUCCCAAGUCGCUCAUGUGUGUAGUGCCCGAUGUAUCAGCAUUUGGCAGCGAAUGGAAAUGGUUGCGGCACCCAAUUAAAAUGCCACUGUCGCUCAUCCGAAAUGACAACUUGAUCUAUUGUAGCACAUUUUCUUUUACCUAUACCCCAGAACACAGUCUUAUGCCAGGACAACCGGUUCUUCCAGAUAUCCUUCCAAAUUCGGAUACCUUAUUGAAUAGCAUUCACCAGGAAUUUACUAGGACAAAUUUUCAUCUUUUUAUGCAGUACUAAAACAAGGACAUUAUUCUGGUGCUGUGUAGGAAGAACAGGCUGUGAUGAG